UCCAGGAAGGAAAUGAGGAUUAGACCAGAACCCUCGGUUAUUGAUAUCGUAGUGGAGGAACAACAUGCACCGCUGGUGUUGUCCAAUCCAAAAACAGAAGAAAAGGUUAAAGAAUUACUGCAAUGUUUUCGAUUAACUGGUGAAAAUGUUCUCAAAGUAUCAGAUAUUUUUGCUGAUGAAAUGGAAAAUGGAAUCAAUGAUCGCCCUUCAACGUUACUGAUGGAAAAUACUUACAUCCCAGAAUUAUUACAAGGAACAGAGACUGGAGAUUAUUUAGCCUUAGAUCUUGGGGGAACCAAUUUUAGGAUUCUUUUAGUUGGUUUGCAGAAAGGGCGCACUGUGAGAGAAGAAGUUACACAAUAUCAUAUUUCUGAUGAACUUAGGUUAGGAUCUGGGGAAGACUUGUUUGAUUAUCUCGCAGACUGUUUGUAUGACUUUGUUCACAAGCAUGGUGUAGCUAACAGGAAGUUACGUAUGGGUUUCACAUUUUCCUUUCCAAUGCAUCAGAGAGCUUUAGACGUUGGUGUAUUAAUAAAAUGGACAAAAUCCUUUGCAUCAACUGGUGUGGAAGGAAAUGACGUAGUGGAUAUGCUUAGGAACGCGAUACAUAAAAAAGGUGGCUUGGAUGUGGAGAUCAUAGCUAUACUCAAUGACACAACUGGAACUUUAUUACAAGGAUGUGUUUUGGAUAGUAAUGCGGCUGUUGGCUUAAUACUUGGUACCGGAAGCAACGCCUGCUAUAUGGAAAGAGCUGAAAGAGUAUCUCAUUGGGAAGCAGAAAGGCAUGGAGAGAAAGAAGUAAUUAUAGACAUUGAAUGGGGAGCUUUUGGAGAUGGAGGUUUACUGAAUUUCAUUAGAACAGACUUCGAUAAACAAGUCGAUACAAAUUCUUUAUUUGCGAGCUCUUUUACGUUUGAAAAGUAUAUAAGUGGAAAAUACCUGGGAGAGUUAGUGAGGCUUAUAUUGGUGAAUCUGGCUAAUCACAGGUUGAUAUUUGGCGGAAUAAUGAGCAAAAAAAUACAACAAAUCGAUUCAUUCUUGACAAAAUAUGUUUCUCAAAUUGAAGAAGACAACGUGAACAAUACUCUAUGUAAUACUGAAGAAAUUUUAAAGCUGUUUGAUUUAGAUUAUAACGAAGAUGAUAUUCAAGUUGUAAAGUAUGUUUCCGAAGUUGUCUCCAUCAGAGCGGCCAUGCUCGUUUCAUCCUGUCUAUCUGAAGUAUUAAAACGAAUGAAGAGGCCAUUUGUAACCGUCGCAGUCGAUGGUUCUCUUUUCAAACACCAUCCUCGCUUCAAGUUGUGGAUGGAAAAGUUUGUGAAACUGCUAGCACCACAGCAUCCAUUUAAAUUAAUGCUUGUCGAGGAUGGCAGUGGAAAAGGAGCUGCAUUAGCAACUGCCAUUGCAGAAAGGCUCAGAAAAACAUACCUCAUUUAUUAA